AUGGAGGCGCGGGAGUGGCAGGCGGCCAUCGACGCAUCGGUAAAGUUCCGCUACGACGAGAACGCUCGCCCACUCACUCCUCUUUCCAUCGGUACUGAUGUCCGCAUUCGCGACCCGAAAUCGAAAUUAUGGGACAGAAUUGGUGUUGUCGUCGGCAUCGGGCGCUACCGGAGCUAUCGUGUCAAAUUCGCCAAUGGCAGUGUAUUGUGGCGCAAUCGUCGGCUGCUACGACCAAUGGUGGCUGCGACUAGACCCAUCGAAGAUGUUAUCGACCAGGAAGCGGGCAGCGGCAUCGGGGACAUCUGGAGCGACGACAGCGUACCGGCCGAUGGAAGCCCAGCCUCAUCACAUCCUCCUCCCGGAAGCGCAAUCAACACCUCCCCGCCGCCUUUGCGUAGGGGCGAGCGCGUCCGGAAGCGUACAGUCAUGUUCGAUGUCUGA